AUUUUUCUAUACAAAAAAUCUAUUCCGAAAACAUGGCUAGCCUGAAAUCCCUUCUGACUCCGGAGUUUCUCUUCAUUUUGUCAUGGUGGUGCUUUGGGGGAGAGCAACUUUCUCAUGCACAGACAAAUUCCACCCUCAAACCUGGCGAGGCGCUUCGUUACCCGGACCAGUUGGUUUCGGCUGAUGGGAGAUUUCGACUAGGCUUUUUCAGCUUCAGCAGUCCGGAGGUUUCGGAUGUCGGCUAUUUGGGAAUAUGGUACUCCGAUGAUAUCUACAACACCAAAUUAUGGGUUGCGAACCGAGACAGGCCUAUAUCUGUCAGAACAGGAAAUCUCACAAUGGAGGCAGACGGCCAAUUGAGAAUUAAUUUGAAUAAUGGAGGGAGUCCAAUUCCGUUGAAUUCUAAACAAACAGCACCAAACUCAAGCGCUACUCUAGAUAACUCGGGAAACUUCAUCGUGAAAGAGUUGAAUCCUGAUGGGUCUACCAAAAGGGUCUUAUGGGAAAGCUUUGAUUAUCCGACAGACACACUUCUGCCUGGUAUGAAACUAGGCAUCGACCAUAAAGCAGGGAAAGAAUGGAAACUUACUUCGUGGCUAUCCGAACAAGUCGCCGCCCCCGGAGGCUUUUCUCUCGAAUGGAGUCCUGUCAACGGGACGGGACAAUUGGUAAUGAGACACAGAGGGAAUAUGUACUGGCUCAGCGGGGUUGGGAGUGAAUCCUACUUUCAGAAUAUUGUUGAUCAGAUGACAGCAGAUUCUGACUACUACAAUUUUAGCUAUAUUUUUAAUGAGAACGAGAGUUCCUUCCGUUAUUCUGUUCCUGACGGGAGAAUUUCGAGGUUCGUCUUGAGCUCAGAUGGGAUGCUUACAGAUAAUCCAAAAGCUAUUUAUGUGAGAAGUGGUAUGUGUUUCGGUUACUCCUCGGAUCCCGGUUGUGUGCAGCAGAAUUCAACCGCCUGCAGGAGUAGCAGUCAAAAAUUUGAACAGCGAACGGGUCAAUUUCCAGGAGGAGUGUCUCAAGGGGACCACAAUUGGAACACCAGUUUUAGUGAUUGUUGGACUAAAUGCUGGAGCAAUUGUUCCUGCGUUGGUUUUCAAACAAAUUCAGCAAAUGGAACUGGAUGCCUAUUAUUCAGCGGUCAAUUUGUGGAAAACGGCAUCAAUGCUCAAUCAAUCUAUGUUCUUAUUACGCCAGAAACUAGCAGUAAGACCCCCGCCUCUCUAGCAAAAAGAUGGUGGAUAGGGAUCAUUGUAGCUGUAGUGGCUGCUCUUGCUGUAGUGAUCUUGGGAUGCUUAUGCUUUUUGAGGAAGAAAAAACUACGACGAGAUCAAGAAAGCAAUCAGGAAGUUGCUUUACUAUUUGAAGACACAAAUGAAGCUAGCAAUGAUGGGAAGAAAGGUCAUGAUGUGAAAGUAUUCAGUUUUCCUUCCAUAGUCGCUGCUACGGACAAUUUUAGCACCGAAAAUAAACUAGGACAAGGUGGCUUUGGUCCUGUAUACAAAGGAAAAUUACCUGAGGGGCAAGAGAUAGCUGUUAAGAGACUUUCGAGGAGUUCCGAACAAGGAUUGGUGGAGUUCAAGAAUGAGCUUAUACUCAUUGCAAAACUCCAACACAUGAAUCUCGUUAGACUUUUGGGUUGUUGUGUUAAAGGAGUUGAAAAGAUGUUGAUCUAUGAAUAUAUGCCCAAUAAAAGCUUGGACUUCUUUCUUUUUGAUCCAAAGAAAAGGGAGCUUUUGGAUUGGAAGCGACGUUGUAACAUCAUUGAAGGCAUUGCUCAAGGGCUUCUUUAUUUGCAUAAAUAUUCUAGACUAAGAAUUAUUCAUAGAGAUUUGAAAGCGAGCAACAUCCUGCUUGAUAACGAUAUGAACCCCAAAAUAUCAGAUUUUGGCAUGGCCAGAGUUUUUGGCCGGAAUGCUGCUGACGCUAUUACAGAGACAGUAGCAGGACACGUGGUUAUAUGUCACCGGAGUAUGCCAUGGGAGGUAAGUUUUCAGAGAAGUCAGAUGUGUACAGUUUUGGAGUUCUGAUGUUGGAGAUUGUGAGCGGGCAGAAGAGCAGUGGCAUUUAUAAUCCUGAACAUCACCAGAGCUUAGUGGGAUAUGCUUGGGAAUUAUGGAGAGAAGGUAAAGGCAUGGAGCUAAUGGACUCAACUCUGGUUGAAUCCUAUUCUGAGCACCAAAUCUUAAGAUGCAUCCAUGUGGGUCUCUUGUGCGUACAAGAGUUUGCAGUGGAUAGGCCUACCA